CUCGCCCGCGCACUAAUCUCCGGGGCCUUUCGUACUCGUCACUCGCCCGCGCACUAAUCUCCGGGGCCUUUCGUACUCGUCACUCGCCCGCGCACUAAUCUCCGGGGCUCUCCGAGGCUUCUCGCGGAGAUCAAAGCAGCCCGGUGGCGAUUGCGCUUCUCCCGACUCUGCCUCUUGUCCGUCACCCAGCCAUCGACGACACUUUGGAUAGCACGCAGGCUCGCUUCGCACGGAGCAAGCAGGCUGCUGCCGUGGGAGCUGGUGAGAAGGGGCGGCGCGAUGCAUCGACCUCUAUAUGAAUAGCCGCGCCUCGUGUGCUCAUCAGCCCCUCCCAACACUACUCACACUUUCUUGUCCUCCUACCUUUGCACCUUUCCUUCUUGCUGCUGGCUUCCGCACUUGAGCCAACAAUGGUCGCGUAUCAAAACAUUGCCAUUGCAGGAGCUACGGGCAACCUCGGUCCGUCGAUCGUUAGAAAGCUCCUGAAUGCCGGUUUGAACGUUAUCGUUCUUACUCGCAACGGCACGCGAAGCGCUACCCUGCCUCAAAGUGUCAAGCAAGUCGUUGUUGAGUAUUCUAGUCAGCAAUCGCUCGUAGCCGCACUCGGCGGCAUCGAGGCUUUGAUCUCCACUAUCCCCGAUCACGGCGCACAACCUGCCCUCAUCGAUGCCGCGAUUGAGGCUGGUGUAAAGCGUUUCAUUUCUUCCGAUUUCGGCUCUGAUGUUCCCGGUAAUACUCAGACGGCCUCCUUGCCCGUUUUCGCUGGCAAAGCCAAAACUCAGGCCUAUCUCGAAUCAAAGAGAGACCAGAUUGAAUACACCCAGGUCGUCAACGGAGCACUCCUGGAUUGGGGAAUUAUGGUCGGAUUCCUCAUUGAUGUUCGGGGUGGCCCCACUCGACUCUUCGAUGGCGGGAGGGGCCGCUUUAGUGCCACCACCCUUGCCCACGUCGCUCAGGCAGUCCUAGGCAUCUUGCAGCAUUCCGCUGAGACACUGAAUCGAGCUGUGUACGUGCAGAGCGCCGCGGUGUCACAGAUGCAGCUGCUUGCGCUCGCAAAGCAAGCAAAGCCGUCUCUCAAGACCGAGACUUCCGUCCACAGCACCGCUGAACUGGAGAAGGGGGCGUAUGCAAUUCUCGAGAGUGGCAAUGGUGACAUCCGCAACGCGAUGCUCGACUUCAUAGCCGUCUCCAUCUUCAGAGAGGGCUACGGUGGUCUUUUCUCCUUGACAGACAACAAUCUCCUGGGUAUCAAAGAGCUCGACGAAGCCGAGCUUUCAUCAUUGGUGAGCCAGUUCGUCUAA